AUGGUGAUCCAUUGCGUGGGCUUCCUCGGAAACGUUCAUACCACGCAGUCCGUUAUCAGUCGCGCUCGCGGCAUGCGUGACGUCAUCGUGACUGCUGACGUCACGGAGGCGAUAAGGCAGAACGUCUCCUCGCUUGAUCCGUCCGCCUACGCCGUGAGUUUCCUAAGUAUCUCCGGAGCCCAAGAUCUGAUACCAAUGAAAUUAAUA